AUUGCUUCUACAUGAACUUGAAGGCUUAUUCAGUGCCUGACACCUCAAAAGGCUCCCAGAUGAUCUACUGGAACUGAAAAUGAACUAAGAAUGUUGAAUUCAAACAAUACCAGCUUAGGAAAUCACUGUAACUACAGCGAAAUAAUAACCAAACAAGUCAUUCCAGUUUUCUAUGGCUUCAUCUUUAUUGGAGGAAUCCUUCUGAAUGGAGUCGCAGCCUGGGUUUUCCUAUACAUCCCUAGCAAGACAACCUUUGUCGUUUACCUCAAGAACAUUGUCAUAGCUGACCUCAUCAUGAGCUUAACAUUCCCAUUCAAAAUUCUUGCUGAUGCAAAAAUUGGCCCUUGGCAGCUCAACGUCAUUGUCUGCCGUUUUUCAGCUGUUCUUUUUUACCUAAAUAUGUAUAUCAGCAUCACACUGUUUGGAUGCAUAGGCUUUGACAGAUGCUACAAAGUUGUGAAGCCUCCAUACAUCACCGCUGUUCACAGUGUUCGCUGCAGUAAAAUAGUCUGCUUAUUAGCCUGGGCACUGCAAAUUCUUGUGUCUGUUCCCAAUAUGAUCUUAACCAAUAAAAAUCCCACCAAAGAAAGUGCAGGAAGGUGUAUGAAUCUCAAAAGUAACUUGGGAAUAGAGUGGCACACAGCUUCAAACUACAUCUGCCUCGGAAUUUUUUGGACUGUAUUUUUUCUAUUAAUAGUCUGCUACAGCUCUAUAGCAAGGAAAAUAUACAUUUCCCACAGAAAAUUCAAAAGGAAGUCCACUCUAACAAGGAAAAAAACCAGUCGGAAUAUUUUCGCCAUCAUGCUUGUAUUUAUCAUCUGUUUUGUUCCAUAUCAUAUUGGCAGAAUCCCAUAUACAUUAAGUCAGACUUCAACACAAUACAGCUGCCAGUCAAAAAAAACUCUGUUCUACAUGAAGGAAUUCAGUCUUAUACUGUCUGCUGCAAAUGUUUGCCUUGAUCCUAUUAUUUACAUAUUCCUCUGCCAGCCUUUCAAGGAAAGGCUGUACCAAAAACUGCACCUCAAGCUGAAGACAUCUGAGGAAUUGGAAAACUCUAGAUCAAGAAGGUCAAAUGCAAUUUGUGAAACUGUUAUUUCAUAAGGAUUGUUAGCAAAAUGCACGGUUGAGACUGGGAAGUGCUGUACUAGUUUAAGAGAAUAUGUGUUGUGUUGGGGCAGAUUUGCAAAUGCUUAUUUCAGUGGGCGGUCAUACCUCAUGGCUCCACUAAACAAUGCUCCUAACCCUGGCCUGUUUUUCUACUCUCAUUGCAUGUCCUCUGUUCUAAAAUCACUGCUGCAGUAUUACAGAACAAAAGUCCAGUUGCACCUAAAACAUUUAUUCCACAGUGAGCUUUCAUGCAUCAGAGCUCACUUCUUCAGCGGCGAUGGAACGAAAAUCAUUUGCCUCAUUUUUACCCAGAAAAUGACAGAAAGGGAGAGAGAAAAGGGGAGAGUUGCGUAAAGAAAGGCCUGGUGUCAUAAAUCAGGUGUGAUUCUCUAUGUAAGAGACUGGAAUGACUUAGGUGAUAUAAAAAGAAAGGUCAGAGGUUCUAGCUUCUCUCUCAUGCAGAAGAAAUAAACAGAAGGGCAAUAGAGUAAAGAACAAACUAAUUAAGGAAGAAGUUGUUAGAAGCAUGAGAGAAGUACUUGACACCAAUAAGGGGUUGUGGUAUGAUCUGACAUGUUAAGAACAGUUAUUAAAGCGGGACCCAUUGGGUUACUAGAAAUUAUCAUGAAUGAGGAAAUGAGCCUUAGUUUAAGCAAGGAUGACAUAGAGUAUUUAAUUUCCUGAUGAAAUAUAAAAUUCAGCACUUUCACAUUGUAUAUUCCCUUUUAAGUUUUUAUAGAACAGUGACUUUCAGAUAUGCAACAGUAGGUCCAGGAAGAUUAUAAUGUCCACACACUGGUUUCUAAAUAUUGCAGUUUCUUAUGCCACAUUUGUGCUCAUUUUUUCUUUCACAAAAAGACUAACAUACUAAUAACAAUUAGCUAUUAGAAGUGCACUAUUGACACACGAUAGCAUAUGUUAAAUCAGAUGAUGUGCAAAUAUAUGAGCCCAAGAUGUUGUAACUGAUGUUAUUAGGUCAGGUAAUAAAAUUACCUAACUGUGGGGACAAAGUCAGCAUCUAGGUUUGUUGCAGGAUUUAGGUCCUGGGUUGUAUCUGUCACGUGGUCCUUUGUUGUUGUUAAGAACUUGUUCUAAGUCUGGGAUCUGUCUGUAAGUGAGGAAAAGCCUACCACCUGCGAAAGAGAAAUAUCCUUAUCCAGUAGAAGUUGUUGGUCAUCGAUGAUGUGUUAGAAUGGUUUAAGUUGUGAGCUAUGGGUGACAAGUGGUAGUAUUGCAAGUACUGCCUUUAAACAGUGACCUCCCCCCCCUUAAUGUGGCUCCCACCAAUGUGUUGCCUGGUGGUCCUGAAGAUCAAAAAUAAAAGUUAUGGAAUUGAAAAUGAUAAAAAGAAUUUCAGAGAUUGCUCCCUACCAACUGAUUGACUGGCUGACCUCUGAACUCAUUCCAGGCAGGCCACAGCUGGGAACACUUGGCUUGACCAUAGUCUAGGGCUGCCAUCUCCCCAUGGGAGGCUGGAAUCCCCUGCCCCCCUCACCUGGCCAUUAGGGUCAGGGAAGGCACCUGGGGGAGGUGAGCGCAUGAAGCAUUGUUUUCUGGAGC